AUGGCGGUCGUGGCGGCGCUGCUCCUGCUCCUGGCGCUCGGCGCGCUAUCGCUGCCCGGGGCAUCCGAGGGCCGCGACGCGGGGCUCGCGCGCCUGCGCUCGCACUUCCACAGAUCCACCUUCGACUCGGGGCUAGAGAUGCGUGGGGAGAAGGGGGAGCCGUGGACGGAGGUGCUGUCGUGGGAGCCCCGCGCGUUCGUGUACCACAACUUCCUGUCCAAGGAAGAAUGUGACCAUUUGAUUUCACUGGCAAAGCCUCAUAUGAAGAAGUCAACAGUAGUUGAUUCAACAACUGGAGGGAGCAAGGAUAGCAGGGUGCGGACAAGUUCAGGAAUGUUUCUUAGAAGAGGGCAGGACAAAAUAAUUCAGGCAAUUGAGAAAAGGAUAGCAGAUUACACCUUCAUACCUGUAGAGCAUGGUGAGGGUCUUCAAGUUCUCCACUAUGAAGUUGGGCAGAAGUACGAUCCUCACUUUGAUUACUUCCAUGAUGAUCACAACACCAAGAAUGGAGGCCAGCGUAUAGCAACUCUUCUUAUGUAUCUUUCGGAUGUUGAAGAUGGUGGCGAGACUGUGUUCCCUUCGUCGACAACAAACAGCAGCUCUUCACCAUUUUAUAAUGAGCUGUCUGAAUGUGCAAAGGGCGGUCUAUCUGUUAAACCAAAGAUGGGAGAUGCACUUCUGUUCUGGAGCAUGAAGCCUGAUGGAUCCCUGGAUCCCACAAGCCUGCAUGGUGGAUGCCCAGUGAUAAAAGGCAACAAAUGGUCAUCGACAAAGUGGAUGCGUGUUCAUGAGUACAAAGGUCAUGCACCGGUUCAAAUUCGUGGACAUUUUGGCAUAUGUCGAGGGUUUCGAUUUUCCAUAGAGGAUUAA